AUGUCUUCCGACCAAGCUGAAGUUUGCGCCACCGAAGCAGUGGUCCUUGGUGAGGUGACACAGAACUACCCAAGCAAAGAGUUGGCUAGCAAAGCCGCCUGCACCUGGGCUAAGGUUGACGAUCCGAACAAGCUCGUGCUGUACACCAGUCGAGUUGGUCCGUACAAAGGAUGGGUUGUCGGGGUUGGCAUCACGCGUCCUAGCGGCACCAUAGAAGACAUUGUUCGCGUUGAUUCCGAUGACAAAACAGGAACUGCCACGAAAGGCAUCCACUUCAACGCCAAGAAUUCUAAGGACUCUUCGCAGACUCUUGCCGCCGUCAUCGAGCCAACAAAGGCGCUCACCCCCGCCGCUCGGGAUAAACAGUACAAGAAGAUCUUGGAAUCUAUCAAGGGCCAGGAACCGAGGGUGAUUUGGCUUUGGUGGAGCACGGGAGCGGGAAGGUUCGCGGAACUUGAUCUGGAAGAUGCAACGGAGGAUGCUGCCUGA